CUAAAUUACGUAUGUAGCCAACUAUUAAAAUACUGUGCUUUGUCCCUUUACUUCACAGAACAAAAAUCACACUUUGAGACAAGAUCCUCAUUUUCAGGCGCUGUCGGUUUACCAGCUUUAACAAACCAAUGAAAAGAGAAAACACAAACCAAUAGAAAGCUCCGGAACAGCUACUGAGUAGACUUGUGAGCCAAGAUGACGGAGGCGGACCUCCUUAACCUUCUGGAAGAUUUAACAGAUGAUGAAUUUAAGGAUUUCAAGUGGUACCUGAAGAAUGAAACGGUGGACGACAUCCCACCCAUCAAAAAGAGCAAGCUGGAGAAGGAAGAGAAGCGGGAUGCUGUAGAUCUGAUGGUGCAGAAAUAUGAAUUUUCUGGAGCUGUGAAAGUGAUGAAGAGCAUUUUAAAGAAGAUCAACAGGAAUGAUCUGGUGAAGAAGUUAUCAGACAUCGGCUCAGGAGCAGAAGCAGAUGGUGAUCUGCAGGAGGGUUUAGGUAUAUGUAAGAUCAAUCUGACGAGGAGAUGUCAAAAAAUGACUGAAACAAGUGAUGAACCAGAAGGUGAAACCCUCUUCGACGAUAGAUACACUGAGGUCUUCAUCACAGAGGGAAGCAGUAACGAAGUUGAUACUCAACAUGAGGUGUGGCAGCUUGAGACAGCUUCCAAGGUGAAGACCUUCCAUGACACUCCAAUCAAAUGCCACAACAUCUUUAAAGCCUUACCCAACCAAAAGAAACUCAUCAGAGUCGUUCUGACAAACGGCGUUGCUGGCGUUGGAAAAACCUUCUCAGUGCAGAAAUUCGCUCUGGACUGGGCAGUGGGCUCCGAAAACCAAGAUAUCAGUCUGGUGGUUCUGCUUCCGUUCAGGGAGCUGAACUUGAUCAAAGAUGAGCAGUACAAUCUGAUCAUGCUGAUCCAGGAAUGCCACCCAACACUACAGCUCACAGCAAAGAAGCUUGGUGUCUGUAGAGUUCUGUUCAUCUUUGACGGCCUGGAUGAAAGCAGACUUUCACUGGAUUUCAACACCAGGGAAGUCGUGACUAAUGUCACACAGAAGACAUCAGUCAAUGUACUGCUGACAAACCUCAUCAAGGGGAACCUGCUUCCUUUGGGUCUCAUCUGGAUAACUUCCCGACCUGCAGCAGCCAAUCAGAUCCCUCGUACAUGUGUUGACAGGGUAACAGAAGUACGAGGCUUCACUGACGCCCAGAAGGAGGAGUACUUCAGGAAGAGAUUCAGUGAUGAAGAGCAGUCCAGCAGAAUCAUCUCACACAUCAAGACAUCCAGGAGCCUCCACAUCAUGUGUCGCAUCCCAGUCUUCUGCUGGAUCACUGCUACAAGCCUGGAGGAAAUGUUGACUUCAGACGAGAAAGAAGAGCUGCCCAAGACCCUGACUGACAUGUACUCAUACUUCCUGCUGAUUCAGACAAAGAGGAAGAAGAACAAGUAUGAUGGGGGACAUGAGACGAGUCCAGAGGAACUGACAGAGGCUGACAGCGAAGUUCUUCUGAAGCUCGGGAGGCUGGCGUUUGAACAGCUGCAGAAAGGAAACAUCCUGUUCUACCAAAAAGACCUGGAGCAGUGUGGUCUUGAUGUCACAGAGGCUGCAGUGUUAUCAGGAUUUUGUACACAGAUUUUCAAAAGAGAGAAACUCCAGAAGAAAACAGUCUACUGCUUUGUUCAUCUGAGCGUUCAGGAGUUUCUGGCUGCAGUCUACAUGUACCACUGUUACACCAGCAGGAACACAGAGGUACUGAAGGACUUCCUGGGAGAAGACUACAGUGACUCAUCUCUGGAUCACUUCCUGAACGGAGCCAUGGAGAAAUCUCUCCAAAGUAAAAAUGGCCACCUGGACCUGUUUGUUCGCUUCCUUCAUGGCCUCUCUUUGGAGUCCAAUCAGAAUGUCUUAGGAGACCUGCUGGGUCAGACAGAGAACAGUCCAGAAACCAUCCAGAGAGCCAUCAACAACCUGAAGAAGAUGAACACUGGGGAUCCGUCUCCUGACAGAAGCAUCAACAUCUUCCACUGUCUGAUGGAGAUGGACGACCGCUCAGUACAUCAGGAGAUCCAAGAGUUCCUGAAGUCAGAGAACAGAUCAGAGCAGGAACUCUCUCUGAUCCACUGCUCAGCUCUGGCCUACAUGCUGCAGAUGUCAGAGGAGGUUCUGGAUGAGUUGGACCUGGAAAAGUACAACACAUCACAUGAGGGACGACAGAGAAUGAUUCCAGCUGUGAGGAACUGCAGAAAGGCUCGGCUUCCUCGCUGUUAUCUCACAAAGACUCACUAUGAAGUUGUGGCUUCAGCUCUGAAGGCCAACCCCUCCCAUCUGACAGAUCUGGACCUGAGCUACAACAUCCUGUAUGAGUCAGACAUGAAGCUUCUGUGUGCUGGACUGGAGAGUCCAAACUGUAAACUGGAGACUCUGAGAUUGUGUGGCUGCAGUUUGUCGGAGACCAGCUGUGCUUCUCUGGUCUCAGCUCUGAAGUCCAACCCGACCCAUCUGAGAGAGCUGGAUCUGAGUAACAACAAGCUGAAGAGCUCGUCUGUGAAGCUGCUGUCUGAUCUUAAGAAGAGUCCAGACUAUAGACUGGAGACUCUGGGAUUUGAUGGCUGCAGUUCGUCAGAGACCAGAUGUGCUUCUCUGGUCUCAGCUCUGAAGUCCAACCCCUCCCAUCUCAGAUGGCUGGAUCUGAGUAACAACAAGCUGCAGGAUUCAGACAUGGAGCAGCUGUGUGACCUUCUGAAGAGUCCAGACUGUAGACUGGAGGAAGUGAUAUUGGGUGACUGCAGUUUGUCAGAGACCAGCUGUGCUUCUCUGGUCUUAGCUCUGAAGUCCAACCCCUCCCAUUUGAGAUUGCUAGAGCUGAGUAAAAACAAGCUGCAGGAUUCAGUCGUGGAGCUGCUGUGUGAUCUUCUGAAGAGUCCAGACUGUAGAAUGGAGAGACUGGGAUUGAGGGACUGCAGUUUGUCAGAGACCAGCUGUGCUUCUCUGGUCUCAGCUCUAAAGUCCAACCCCUCCCAUCUGACACUGCUGAAACUGAGUAAAAACAAGCUGCAGGAUUCAGACGUGGAGCUGUUGUCUGAUCUUCUGAAGAGUCCACACUGUAUACUGGAGACUCUGAUAUUGAAGGACUGCAGUUUGUCAGAGACCAGCUGUGCUUCUCUGCUCUCAGCUCUGAAGUCCAACCCCUCCCAUCUGAAAUGGCUGGAUCUGGGCUACAACAAGCUGCAGAAUUCAGAUGUGGAGCUGCUGUGUUAUCUUCUGAAGACUCCACACUGUAGACUGGAGACUCUGAGAUUGUGGGGCUGCAGUUUGUCAGAGACCAGCUGUGCUUCUCUGGUCUCAGCUCUGAAGUCCAACUCCUCCCAUCUGAAAGAGCUGGAUCUGAGUGACAACAACCUGAAGGAUUCAGACGUGAAGCUGCUGUCUGAUCUUAAGAAGAGUCCACGCUGCAGACUGGAGUAUCUGAGACUUUCUCGCUGUUAUCUCACAAAGACUCACUAUGAAGUUGUGGCCUCAGCUCUGAAGGCCAACCCCUCCCAACCGAGAGAGCUGGACCUGAGUUACAACAUCCUGUAUGAGUCAGACAUGAAGCUUCUGUGUGCUGGACUGGAGAGUCCGAACUGUAAACUGGAGUCUCUGAGAUUGUGUGGCUGCAGUUUGUCAGAGACCAGCUGUGCUUCUCUGGUAUCAGCUCUGAAGUCCAACCCCUCCCAUCUGAGAGAGCUGGAUCUGAGUAAAAACAACCUGAAGAGUUCAUCUGUGCAACUGCUGUCUGAUCUUAAGGAGAGUCCAGACAGUAGCCUGGAGACUCUGAUACUGGAGGACUGCAGUUUGUCAGAAACCAGCUGUGCUUCUCUGGUCUCAGCUCUGAAGUCCAACCCCUCCCAUCUGAGACAGCUGGAUCUGAGUAACAACAAGCUGCAAGAUUCAGACGUGGAGCUGUUGUGUGAUCUUCUGAAGAAUCCAGACUGUAGACUGAUGGAACUGAUAUUGGAGGCCUGCAGUUUGUCAGAGACCAGCUGUGCUUCUCUGGUCUCAGCUCUGAAGUCCAACCCCUCCCAUCUGAGAUUGCUAGAGCUGAGUAAAAACAAGCUGCAGGAUUCAGAUGUGGAGCUGCUGUGUGAUCUUCUGAAGAGCCCACACUGUAGACUGGAGAGACUGGGAUUGAGGGACUGCAGUUUGUCAGAGACCAGCUGUGCUUCUCUGGUCUCCACUCUGAUGUCCAACCCCUCCCAUCUGAGACUGCUGAAACUGAGUAAAAACAAGCUGCAGGAUUCAGACGUGGAGCUGCUGUCCGAUCUUCUGAAGAGUCCAGACUGUAGACUGGAGGUUCUGAGACUGGAGGACUGCAGUUUGUCAGAGACCAGCUGUGCUUCUCUGGUCCCAGCUCUGAAGUCCAACCCCUCCCAUCUGAGAUGGCUGAAUCUGAGCUACAACAAGUUGCAAGACUCAGACGUGGAGCUUCUUUGUGAUCUUCUGAAGAUUCCACAUUGUAGACUGGAGUAUCUGGGAUUGAGGAGCUGCAGUUUGACAGGGACCAGCUGUGCUUCUCUGGCUGCAGCUCUGAAGUCCAACCCCUCCCAUCUGAGAGAGCUGGAUCUGGAAAACAACAACCUGAAGGAUUCAGAUAUGAAGCUGCUGUCUGAUCUUAAGAAGAGUCCACGCUGCAGACUGGAGUUUCUGAGCUGGUGAUGAUCUCUGUCAGAGUGAGAGUGAACAUCCAGGAGUGUUGAGAGAGGAUCAGCUGGAUCCUGAUGAUCCAUCUGGAGUCUGGAUCUGGAUUUUAUCAUCUUCACUUAAAUCUCUUAACUGACUACAAACUAAACAGUUAUCUCUGGAUUUAGCUGAAGUCAGAACUUUAUACAUGUGUUAUAUAUGAGCUGUUUGAUGUAGAUAAAGAUAAAAACAGGUGUUAGUCAGACUGUGAGCCUGGGCUCAUAUUUAUCAAGCAUCUCAGAAUCACACUGAGAGUUAACGAAGACUAAAACUAAUGAAUGAAGCAGAAGAGAAUUGACUGUGACUUUCAGCAGGAGAAGGAUUACUGCUGGGAGAGAGUGAGACGUCGCUGUUUUACCACAGUCAGAGCAGCAAAGUAGAAAUAAUGAUGAUGUGUUGUAGUUUUCUCACAGUCUCAGCUGUAAAUAUUAAACAGUGAUAAUUUGGUACUUGGCAUUAUUCUUUGCCUUUUUAUCUUUAAAAAAAAAAACUUCAAUAUAUUAUUGUUGUGUGCAACCUUUUUGUCAUGUGUUUGUUGUGUGUAAGGAGAGCAGCAAAGCAAGAAUUUCAUUGCAUUGUCUUAACCUACUAUGCAUAUCGCAAUAAACUUCUUAAAUCUUGAAUCUUGAGUUUUGGUAUAUUAUGUGUGCAGACAGGUAACCAGGCAGGUAGCUUAGCUAGGUUAUAUAACAAAACAUAACCUUGCAUAAACAGCUCAUCACUGCUCUGGGCCUCUCCCACCUCCGACUGUGUCACACAGAGGCAUGUCAAUCAAAAAGUAAUACAAGUUUGGGUUAUAUGGUUUUAAUUUGGUCUAAUCGCUACUUUUAUUUAAUUAUACAACUGCUAAAUUAAUACAUUUUGAAAA